AUGUUCAAGAAACCCCCAAGCAACCUGAAAACAUCUGCUCCUCUACGAAGCUCAGAUCGCCGCAAAUUGAAACAGCGCGCAGUCUCGGCCUACCAACUUUCUUCAGAAGAAGGCGACGCGCUCAUUCCGGAUGGAAUCUCCUCUGUGAAGUUCAGUACCCACGUCAACGAGCCCGGGACUUUGUAUACACAUGUAGACGGCACGCCAAUGUGGUUUACCAUCGGCAAGGGGUCAGAGGAUCUCCUUCCAACUGUUUACACCCUAUGGAAAAAGCAAGAUCUUUUGCCAUUUCUUUCAACACCCUCUGCCGUAGUUCCAAUUCUGAUAGGAGGAGCAGACUUGAUGAUACCGGGUGUUAUCCAAUGUCCUCCUUCGUUGGCCGAGCAUCAGCUCGUCGCGAUACGACAAUAUGUCAACAAAGAUGGCAAGCCAGCUCUUUCUCCUCCUGUAGCUAUUGGACGGAUGGCGUUGCCCAGUGAUCGGUUGCGUGCCGCCGGGACGGAGAAAGGGAAAGCGAUUCAUGUCAUUCAUACCUGGAAGGAUCAUCUCUGGGAAAUGGGGUCCAAGAUCGAUAUACCGGAGGACACGCUUCUCGAGGAGAGCGCUCCUGUGGAGCAAGGCGAGGAGAGUGAGGAAGAAGGAACUGGUAAUCAAGCUACACCACCACCGCCGAUCCCACCUGAAGAAAUGGCGGAGACACCUCAGACUGUGUCAUAUACGCCACAGGAAGUCACGGAAUUGCUCAAUAAAGCUCUCCUACAGUCCAUCUCCAAACCUCCACCCGCCUCCGGCUUCCCUAUCCCUGCGACAAUAUUUUACUCGAACUACCUUCUUCCUUCACGUCCUGCUUUUCCGACCCUUGUCCUUCCUCCUACCGGAAGUUCCAGCGAUAGACCUGGCGACCCACCACAAGUCGACACCGAAAUCACGAUCAAGACCUCCAGUCACAAAUCUCUGACUGCGUUCUUGAAGGCUGCAGAGAAAACAGGCUUGCUUACCCUCAAACCGCCACAGAAGCAACAGCCAGAUGUGCUCAUUACAGCUAUAAAUGCAUCACAUCCGAACAUCAUUUCUCAUGUUUCGUUCGUGACAGUUAAGGACGUCGAGCUGACGGCUGCAAAGAAAGCUGCGCGGGAAGGGAAGGAAACCACUGGUGGUAGCAGAGAGGUGGAGAUCAAGGAGUUAUAUAAACCUCAUCAAGCCAGCGUCGACCUCUUUGAAGGCAUCGGAGCCAACAAAGCCGAUCUCUACACAAUCCCGCAAAUCCGGACCAUGCUUAAUGGUUACAUUGCCGCGAAGAGCCUAGUGAACCAGAACGACCAGGCAUACAUCAACCUCGACGACCUGCUGUUCGCCUGUGUCGCCGCGAAGGGGAGCAAAGGCAAGGCAAAGGCCAAAGACGCUGCAGAGCCCGAGCCUCCAUCGCAGUUCAUGCGCCGCGAUGAGCUGACGAAGAGCGUCGUGGACAAGAUGCAGCCGUGGUAUGGGGUCAGGGCAGAAGGCAAGGAGCCUGUGACCAAGAAGGGCAGCCUGAGCCCGAUUCAAGUCGCCACGAAGCUUCGGCAGGGCAGGAAAGCGGCUACGCUCAUCACCGGGUUCGAGCCCUUCCUCGUCAUCGACGCGGAUGAGAUGGCAGAGGAUCUCAGGAAGACGUGCGCCGGUGCCACUUCGGUCUCUCCUGCUGCAGGGAAGCCUGGAGGGACCUCUAUGGAAGUCCUCGUCCAGGGAAAGCAAUCCAAAUCCGUUGUCGAUUACUUGAUGGCGAAGGGCAUCCCGAAGAAGUGGAUUGAGGUCGUUGAUCUCUCUGGAAAGAAAUAA